CAAACAUCUAAAACUUGUUAAGGCACAUUGAGCAAUGAGCUGACAUUUUUUACAUUCUCAAGCUUAAUUGUAGUAAAAAAAAUGAUCCAUUGUAAUAUUAUUUUCCUAGGUUGGAAUAAUUGUGUGCUUUGGAAUACAGCUGUGCCACAUGGAGAUGCCGUCUCCUAAAGAAGUUAACGGUUUGCGUGAUGAUGGAUUGGAGGGGUCACUUAGCGAGGAUCAAAUCUUUAAAGAGGUUUUCGUUGAGAACAGUACAAACAAAAGAAAGUGUCUUGUGACAGCAAAAAUCAACUUUGAAUCUGAUAAUGCAAAAGAAAGCAUUGUGCAUGUGGGUUCUCCUAGCACACUGGAGGCAAGCUCUGGAGGAAAAGUCCAUGCUGGGAAAGAGCCUUCUAAUGCCAGGACUCGUUUGGGACGUUCAUCAAAUGCUUCAGUUGCCUUGGAUGGGGUUUCUGUACAUGCAUCUUCUUGCAUGGUUACUGGCCAUUUACUUGAAUCAUAUAAGUAUGGGGUCAUCCAUAGUUGCUAUAUGCAGAAGUCGAAUGGUCACCCGAGUAGAGAACAUGAAAUUGGCAAAGAGGACACUUUAAGAGUAAGUCCUAAGUUCAAUGAAAAUGACAUUGGUAAAGAAAUGGUCUUACAUCUUUCUACACAGAACCAUGCAAAUGAGUCUAAGGCCUGCAGUUCUCAGCUGAACAAUGCAAACAUCUCUAGUAGUGUUCAACUAGCCAAGUCGAAGGGAAAGGAUUCUUCUAUUAUUGCAGAUAAUGCAUUUAAGGAUGGUCGGAAUGUGAAAUGUCGUGUCCCUAAGAAAAAGCCAUUGUCUUCAUUGGGCACCAACCGCACCAUCAGGCGGCGUGGCCCCACAUAUUGGGAAACAUCUAGGAAUGAGAAAGGCACAUUAGAUAAUAUAUGUUCCUUGGGAGCUUGUGGAUUGGAUGGUACCACCAAGCUAAAAGACCGUUGCGUGGUUGAAGUCCCGGUCAGUUCAGGGAAUAAUGCACAAAGCUUGAUGGAUAGAACUGAGGCAGUCAUCAAUAAUCUAGCUUGCAAUACCAAUUGUUUAAGUCUUAACAGAAAUCUUUCCGUAUAUCACGAGGAAGAAAAAAAUGGGGUUUCUUUUGAAAUUCCGAAUCAGGAAAGGGCUAGGUUGAAGAAGCAUGGGUCUUUUUCUUUGAACAGUUCAGAUGAUCUUCUGAUGGAUAUUCAGCCCCUGAAAACAGUGACCGAAUAUGCAUCUUCCACUGCAAAGACAGUGACCAAUUCUGAAUUGAAGGCACAGAAGAAACCCAAACUGCUUUCCAAAAGAAAACUGACAGAUUCCCAUCAACAUGACACAGCAGCACACAAUUGCAGCGCUGGGUCCUCUGAAGUGAACAGAAAGGGAGUCCGCGGUAAAAAGGGGCGGCCAAAGAAGUUAAAGAAAUUGUUUCUAAAGGAAAAUGAUAAAAAGCUGUUCGGUAAAUCCAGACCUCUUAAGCAACCGAAAAGACAAAAAGGGAGUUGCAAGUUGCUUCUGCGGGGAACUAGUAGGGGUGGUGGAAAGGACUGUCUAGAUGGGAUGCAGCCUUCUCUUGCUUCAAGGACAGUGUUGUCAUGGUUGAUUCAUCAUGAGGCAGUUUAUAUUAAUGAAGUGGUCGAAUAUCAUGAUCCACAAGAUCACUCUAUUGUGAAACUUGGCUCAAUUACUAGUAAUGGCAUAUUGUGCAAGUUGUGUGGUGAAGUACUAUCUAUCUCCAAGUUCAAGAGUCAUGCUGGUUCCAAGCUGAACUAUCCUUGUAUGAAUCUUCUAAUGGAAACUGGCAAGCCAUUCGUCUUGUGUCAGUUUGAGGCAUGGUUAGCUGAAUACAAGGCUAAGAAACAAAAUCCCCAAACUGCCCUUGAUGAAAUGGAUCAAAAUGACGAUAGUUGCGGGCGUUGUGGCGAGGGUGGAGAGUUGAUAUGUUGUGAUAACUGUCCGUCUACAUUUCAUCAGGCGUGCUUGUACGCACAGGAACUUCCAGAAGGGAAUUGGUAUUGCCCCCAUUGCGCAUGCAGAGUCUGUGGGGAUGUGGUCAAGAAUAAUGAGGGUGACACACUCCUUAAUCCGCAAUGUGUACAGUGUGAACAUCAGUACCAUGAUGCAUGCUUGAAGCAGAAGGGCUUCAAAUGUGGAGUGGCUUCAGAUCUCUGGUUUUGUGGUGAACAAUGUGAGGAGAUACACACGGGUCUCCGUUCUCUCAUUGGACUAGUGAAUCAGCUUGCGGAUGGCUUCUCCUGGACACUCUUGAAGUGCAUCCCUUGUAAGCAGAAAAUGCGUUAUGUCCAGCAGUUUGUUGCUUUGCAUACAGAGUGCAACUCAAAGUUAGCGGUCGCCCUUACCAUUAUGGAGGAAAGUUUUCUUCCAAUGGUGGAUCCUAUAACAGGCAUAGACAUGCUACCCCAAGUAGUGUAUAACUGGGGAUCACAGCUUGGGCGUCUAAACUAUUCUGGGUUUUACACCGUUGUUUUGGAGAAGGACGACAAUUUGAUAUCCGUAGCAUCAAUCAGGAUCCACGGGGCUAAAGUUGCAGAGAUGCCGUUGAUUGCAACCUGCAGCGAAUACCGGCGGCAGGGAAUGUGCCGCCGCCUAAUGAAAUGCAUAGAAGAGAUGUUAAAAUGGUUGAAGGUGGAGAAGUUUGUGAUUUCUGCCAUCCCCAGUUUGGUGGAGGCUUGGACUGUGGCUUUUGGUUUCCAACACUUUGAGGAAGAUGAUAAAAGGAGCUUGAGCGAUAUAAACAUGAUGGUGUUUCCCAAAACGGUGUGGUUAAAGAAGACAAUAUACGAAGCUCCAAACGCAGCCCAACAACAUACAGGGUCACGUGACGCAGAGAGGUUGCAAAGCACAACACCUGAGAAACUGUUGUUGCUGAAAGACGAAAGUUGCGGUAGACUGCCACAACAUGUUGGACCCCGGAAUCACUCUAUGGAAGCACCGAGUUGCCACUGACGCGCGUUGUACGUCAUGGAAGAGGCUAAGUGAAUUCGGUCAUGCACGCACUGUUGGAGUUUUUUUUUUUUUUAAACAGGUCAGUUGUAAUAUUUCUUCCAAAAAACUCUGUGCUAGAAAUUUCUUUGUAAAUGAACAGUUAAGGUAAAC